AUGGCGAUGGCCUCACUAACAGCUUCUUCUUCUGCUAUUACUCUCCUCAACAAACCCUUUGUACUUAACCGAUCUUCCUUCUUCUCUUCCUCCUCCAUUUCCCACCAUCGUCUUCUCCGAUUCUCUGCUUCUGCUUUCAUACGAGCCGUUUCUCUUGAAUCGGACACAAGUGAAACUCCAAGUUUUGAAAUUGAGGAAACACAAAUUUUCGCUUGUCCUGUUUACUACGAACGACUUAUGAGAAAAAGCCCUCAUGUAUUAACCUGUAAGUUCUUACCUUUCUCUCAUUAUAUAAACCCAAUAUUGUUGUUAAUGAUUGAAAAACAAUCAGUAUACAGGUCUGGAUUCAAAUGUGGACAGUGUAACAAGACAUACUCUAGCAAAGAUGAAUACUUGGAUCUUACUGUUACUGCUGAUUUAGAUAAUUUCAAUGAUAUUAAACCCAUUACAACCGAACUCUUUCGGAGUCCAUUAGUAUCAUUUUGUAUUAAAGGGGUUGGAGAGAUAACUUUAAGCGUAGCGGUUAUCCUGGUGCUGAGGAAGAGGACUGCAAAAUUUGGUAGUUCGCCUUUUUGA